AAGCGCAAAGCUGCCCCAGCAGCUGCUACGUGUAGCCCCUUCUCGGGGAAACCGCCAUUCUACAAAACUUAGAAAAGUAACCACACAUCGAAACAAGAUGGAGUGUGACAGUUGUACUCAACUAUCGACAUAACACACGUAGCAGAGGUCCGGAGCGACGCGAACGAACGGACGUUAAAUAACGUUAGUUAACUGAAGUUAGUUAAGUCAGUUGGUGCUAACGCUAGAUAGCCGACGCCUGCUCGCUGCCAGCCGGACCAGCUCGUAUGGGAGGCGACUCGUAAUUUUUUUUUUUUUAAACUGCGGAAGGGUGGAGCACAUUCUCCCCUUCCGUUCGGCACUAUCCAUCCCGGGUAAAGCUGCCGUUUCCCUGACGGUACCCGGACUGAGCGCAGGAGCGGUGACGUCACGUGACAGUGUAACGGUGGGCGGAUCCGUGGCGGCCGGUAGCUGGCUAGCAGACCUCCGUCGGCGCUUUAGCAAGACGGGCUAACGAUGCCGGAUUGGGUUCCUCUUGCCGGGGUCAGGAUUGAGAGCCACCAGAAAUGAUUUCGUGGAGACCACCCUACAAGACUUGAGCUGAUUCGUCAGCCUCGUGUAGGAUUUGGUUUUCAACCCCCAAGUGUCCUCCUGAUAUCAGCGGACCAUGGUGGUCUGAACAGGUCAAAAAGCCUGACACAGCGCGUGGACACGCGUAACGCGACCGAGAGAGGAGCAGAGACAAACCGGAGGGACGGGGAAAGCAUCGUUGAGCGCAACAUGUCUCAAAACCGAGAACUGGUGGUCUUCUACAUAAACUAUAAACUCUCCCAGAGGAACUACCCCGUCAACCACAUAGGGCUGUCGGAGCCUCCCAACAGAACUGGCGGGGGAGAGGCUGGGGCGGCUGAUGAGCAGCGGGUAGCGACGCACUCCAACGGGACUUUACACGGCUCGAGUCCCGGGACCCCGCCGGCGUCCCCGCUGCUCCAGCAACGGUUGCCGUCGACGGCGAGCCUGGACGCGGUGAAGGAGGCCCUGCGGGACUCGGCCAACGAGUUCGAGCUGCGCUACGCCCGGGCCUUCAGCGACCUGCACAACCAGCUGCACAUCACGCCGGCCACGGCCUACCAAAGCUUCGAGAACGUGAUGGACGAGGUGUUCCGGGACGGCGUCAACUGGGGCCGCAUCGUGGGCCUGUUCGCCUUCGGCGGGGCGCUGUGCGUGGAGUGCGUGGACAAGGAGAUGAGUCAGCUGGUGAGCAGGAUCAUCGAGUGGAUGACGGUCUACCUGGACAACCACAUUCAGCCCUGGAUCCAGACCCAGGGAGGCUGGGAGCGCUUUGCAGAAGUCUUUGGGCAGGACGCGGCAGCCGAGAGCCGGAGGUCUCAGGAGAGCUUCAAGAAGUGGCUGCUGGCGGGGAUGACGCUGGUGACCGGCGUCGUGGUGGGCUCGCUCAUCGUCCAGAAACGCCUGUGAGGAGGAGGAGGAGGAGGGGGGGGGGGAGGUGGAGGAGGAGGAGGAGGAGAUGCCCAACAGGCCCCCCAUUUCUAGACCCCUUUCCAGCCGCCUUCCCCCGCCAACACUUAC